AUGCGCGCGAGUUGCGGAUGCCUCGCUCGACCGCACGCUUUUCUCGCCAAACAGGAGCGCUACUCCUCGACCACAACGAAUUGCUUCGCGCCGCUGUCCAGCGACCCGCUCCUCCCGAAACUUUGCACCCUCCGCCUCGAUCCGCUCCUCAAGACCUGCUGUUCCGACCUGCUCGCACUCGUUAGUCUCCUCAUCGACUGCGUGCACCGCUUCUCCAAAACUGCGCGCCCUUCAUCAUCCCCUCUCCCUCCUCAUCCCCGCCUACUAUGA